UGUUGGUUCAGCCCCCGGCUAGUUAGCCCUGUUCAAAGUACCCGCUCUUUAUCGCUUUUGCAAUUUAUAGUGGAAAAUGUUGUAACAACGGACAGAAUAAAUUCCACCUCAAGAUGGGAUCCUCUCAGAGCUACACAAGGCUGAAACAAGGAGAAAGAGCCAGUGCUCUGUGACCAGCUAGCUCUCUGCUGAGCCUCACCGAGCAGCCUGCAGAUCACUCUCUGAGAUCCUCUGAGCUACACAAUUUUACCACGUGCCAGCCGAUACUGAUUGCAGCCAGAAGAUACAGGAAAGCAAUGUGCUCCACUUGCUACAUGGGUCAAUCAGAGAAUGGAGGAGAGACAGCUAAGGCACUUACUAACCCUCCAGGUUCACAGACAAAAAACAGACCAGAUGAAUCUCACUUUUGGAUUUGCCGUAUCCUCUGGAAAUAUAGAUUGGUCCAGUUUAUAGUUUUUCUCAUUAUUGCUAUUAUUGUUUUGGCAGUGGUUAGCAGAAGGCCCUGCCCAAAUCAUGCUGCUACCACAUGUCCAGUUGAUUGGAUUGGGUCCCAAGGCAGAACAUACCCAUGGAAAUGCUACUACUUCUCCCAAGUCGAUGGGGACUGGAACUCCAGCCAGAGAAACUGCUCUUUGCUCGGUGCCUCCCUGGCUACAGUUGACACCUGGGAGGAAAAGGAGUUCAUGCUGCACUAUAAGGGACGCUCAGAAACCUGGAUUGGCCUUACCAGGGAACAAGAAGACAAGCCCUGGAAAUGGGUAAAUGGCACCCCAUUCAAGGACCAGUUUCCAAUAAGGGGAGGAGGUGAAUGCGCGUAUCUGAAUGACGACAAAGGUAUCAGCAGCUCAAGAUGCAGCACAGGGAGACGCUGGGUCUGCAGCAGGCCAGACUGAUGCACAAAGCCAAGGCAAAAGGCAAUGCGAGGCCUUCGGAAUGCGGGAGAGUGAUUAGUCGUCACUUUGCUUUCUGAACUGGAGAUAUUGACCCCUGUCAACUCACUGAGGACUGGUCUAAACCUGUGUUUCGAUGGAAAAUUGGGCUGGGAAAUGGAGUUCUCAUAGAUUCUGAGGCCAGAAGGGGUCACUGUGAUCCCCUCUCCUAGAUGGGAGACUGCGGUGCAUUGUGGGAGACGUAGUCUGACCAAGACGCCUGGCAUGUAGAGGAGAAUGGGAGCAUGAGGAAACAGAACUACAUCUCCCAUCAGGUACCACAGCAGCAUUUCCAAAUCAAAGUAUUUCAAUUUUGGAUAAAAAAAUUGAAGUUUUCUACACAAAACCCCUCCCCUAUAUUCUGACCAGCUCUGGUCUCAACUAAUGUGCCAAAUGGGCCUUCACCAACGUAAAAGUUAUUUUUCUGAAUAUUAAUAUAUUUUUCCAUAUGACCAGCUACCAAAACCAUCAAAGAAAACACUAUGUUCUUCCCUUCCUCCUGAAGCAAUACCUCUCCUACCAGCUUCUCAAGCUGGAUGUUGCAAACAAGCUGUUACCAAAGGACUGUAAUCACGCUGCCUUUCCUAUAGUGUUAAAUGAGAAGACGGUCUUGCUGUGGAAAAGGUUGAGAUCCCUUGAUCUACCCACUGCACAAACAAUUCACGAACAGGCAUUCUCAUGUUAGUCAAUAAAAAAAGUGGGAGCGACACUCUGUGUAUUGGACCUUAUUCGCUAAGAUGUGAGAGGUAGCUGUGGUUAGGUGACUAAUAAAGCAAUAAGCCACCAAAGGGUAUGCAGUGAUAGGCUACUGGCCUGUCCUUCUGUGGGCCCCAUCCUCCGUUAUUAUUAUCAUGAGUCAUUGUGUAUUAUGGCUGUGCAUUGUGUAUUAUGGCUGUGCAUGAGUCAUUGUGCAUAUGGCUGUGCAUUGUGUAUUAUAGCUGACAUCAGGACCCCAUUGUGUCGAGUGCUGCACAGACAGACAGGAAGAGACAGUCCCUGCCCCAGCUGCGAUCAGAGACCCGUUGUGCUGGGUGCUACACAGAUGCACAGCGAGAGACAAGCCCUGCCCCAAAGAGCUUGAAAUCUAAAUAUACAAAGGGAGUAUCGUUAUCCCCCUGUUACGGAUGGGGAACUGGGGCCCAGGGAGCAGGGGUGCUGAAACUCAGGGUGCUGGGGUGCCAGUGAAUAAACAAACUGUACCCAGAAAAUCUCAGUGCUCUGAGACGUAGAGAUGUAGGACCGUGGUCACGCUUUAAGACAGAUGCGGACAAACUGGAUAAAGUCCAGAAGACACUGACAAAAAAAUGAUCCGCUGUUUAGAAAACAUAACUUCUGAGGAGAUGAAAGACUUGGUCAAGUUCAGUCUAGAGACGAGAUGGCUGAGGGGGGACAUGAUAAUAACCUGCCAAUAUGUAAAUGGUUCUUAUACAGAGGGCUGUGAUCAAUUGUUCUCCCUGUCCACAGAAGAUAGGACAAGAAGGAACCUGCUGAGUCUGCAGAAAGGGCGAUUUAGGUGGGAUAUUAGGGGAAAAACUUCUAACUCUAAGGAGAGAGACUCUGGAACAGGCUUCUGAGGGAGGUUGUGGAAUCCCCAUCACUGAAAGUUUUUAAGAAUAACUUAGACAAAGUCACUUCCCUGAAAUAGCCUUUCCAGAUAGCCUUACUAACCGGGUGGUUGUGCAUAUCCAAUCUAGUUUUGCUAGACAUGGCGUAUCUGACAUAGUGAUGUCUGACAACGGGCCCCGAUUCAGUGGGCAUGAGUUUAAACAGUUUGCAGUGAUGUACAGGUUUCAACAUGUAACCACUAGUCCCCGUUCUCCCCAACCCAGCAGGUUGGCAGAAAACGGUACUAAAAUAAUAAA